AUGAGUAAAUUCAACUAUGUUUUCAAACCUUUAUUUAUUGAUACUUUUGAAUAUAGCUACAUAGAUGGUAAAACUGAAAAAUCAUUUACAAUAAAAAGAAAAAAAUCUGUAAGAGAAACAAAGAGUAAAAUGUAAUAAAGUGAACCACUUGCUUAAUUUAAUGUAAAUUAUUGUAUUAUAAAUAUAGAAUGAAACAAUUAAACAAAGUCAUAAAAGAGCUUAAACAAGUAGAAGAAUGAAAUAAUCUUCAUAACAAUAAAAUUUAUCAUUAAAUUCUAAUACUCCUAAAAUUGGAAUUCGUAAAAUUGAAAGUAGAAUGGAGGAUGAAUUUGAAAUUCCCAAUAGAGGAAAUUCAAUUUAGAAGAAAUAUUCUAACAUACCUUAAAUUGAUUAUUUGAAUUUUAAUGUAUUCAUUACUUAAAACAAUAGUUAAAUAGAUAGCAGUUAUGAAUGGAUAAACAAGUAAUUCAUUUCCAAAAGCAUUAGAAUUAAUAAAUAUGGAUAAUAAACUUAUGAGAAGAAAAACUGUUGAAGAAUCAAAAGCUACAUCUACUAUUGAAGAGGAAAUUUAAUAAUAUAAACGUUUAGAAAUAUAACAUCCUUAAGAUAUUAAAGACAAAAUUGGCAAAAUGCUUGCCAUUAAUGAAAAACGAACUCCUAUUAGAACAAGAAAUAAGGAAAGAGAAGCAUUUACAAGAAAUUUAAAAUUUCUUGAAGAAUCAUUUUAAUAAUCAACUGCACCAGAAAAAAAACUAUAAACUAUUAUACAAUAAUAUUUUGAUAAAAAAUCAUCCUUUUUAGAAGAAAAAGUAAAAUAAGAAGAGAUCUAAUUAAAAUAAUUUGCAGAAGAAACUACUAAAGUUUAAUCCAUUAAAAAUAAAAUGAGAUUAUCAACAACCUUUUUAAAAAAAUUCAUACAUCAAGUUGAAAAAGAUCAUUAUGAAAAACCAGAGUAAUAAUAAUAAAAAUAGUAAUUGUAAUAAUAAUAAUAGCAAUAAUAAUAAUAAUAGUAAUAAUAAGAAUAAAUAAAAUCCUAAUAGAGUGUAAUAUAAUCAAUAAAAUCAUCUUAAAAAAAAAGGUAAAAUGCUAUUUAUACUGGAUAAGUUAGAUCAAUAUUUAAAAAAAUGUUUAAUCUAAUUAUUGAUUGUGUCAAGAAAAUGAAACAAAUGAAACUCACUAUAAAGGAAUUAUUUUAACAUGGUGUUAUUUAAAAAAAACCAUAUGAAAGAGAAGGAUCUUUUUAAUUUUUUGAAGCUGUAGAAGAUAAUAAUUUUACUCUCAUUAAUUUUAUGCUGCAAAAAUGUAGAUAUUAUGCUUUUGAUAUUAAUGAAAAAGGAUAAACACCAUUACAUAUUAGUAUAAUUAAUGAACAUUAUGAUAUGACUGAACGAUUAUUAUAAUGUGGGGCCUAUCCUGAUACUUAGGAUCUUAACGGAUAUUCUCCACUUUAUUAUGCUAUCUAAUCUCAAAAUAGCAAUAUAGUUUAAUUAUUAUUAUAUUAUAAAGCUAAUCCUUGGUCAAAUAUUAAAAAUAAAUUAGAGACUUCAAAUGAAGAAAUUACAAAGUUGCUUAAAUAAUCAAGAAAAGUAUCUAUCGAUCUCAUUUUUAGAUUCAUUUAUUACUUUUGUUAACUAGACAUCCAGAUAGAGAUUAAAUUUGGAUUAUUUCAAGAGAAUCUCUGUUAUCUUGA